GGCCCUUUUCCUGGAUUCAGGGUCUUUGAUCAUUCCUUUCAGACACGAGUGAACGGACCCCCUGAUAGGAUGCAUAACGCUGUGAUUCAGGUUUCCCUGCUGCUGCUGGCCUGGACGUGGACCCUCCAGGGGGUCCCGGUCCUCCCAGACCCUCUCUACCCCUCGCAGGAGAACUUUGAUCUGGCCCAGUUCAUGGGAACAUGGCAUGAUGUUGCCAGUGCCAGUUCAUGCCCCCACAUGCAAAGUCAGAGGGGGGAUUCAGCCAUCGGUACACUGGUUCUGCAGAGCGGCACCACUCAGGGCAAAGUCAAGGCCACUCGGAGGGUACUCAGACAAGGAACGUGCAAGGAGAUGACUGUGGAUUUUGGGUUGACCACCACACCAGGACGAUUCUCCUACCAUGUUGCAAAGUGGGGGGCAGACGUGGAUGGCUAUGUGGUUCACACAAACUACAAUGAGUAUGCGAUUAUAAUGAUGAGCAAACAGAAGUCAGGAGGGGAUGCGAGCACCUCACUUAAGCUUUUCAGUCGAUCCAUGACGGUGAGAGACACGGUGCUGGAGGACUUCAAAACACUGGUCAGAGAUCAGGGAAUGAGUGAUGACAAUAUCACAAUUAAGCAGAACAAAGGCGACUGUGUUCCUGGAGAGGUGGUGGCGGAGCCGACAGCUCAGCCUGAGGCUCAGAGGAGGAGGAGAGACGUGGUGCCUUCUCUGGUUCCAGCAGAUGUCGAGGGUUCUGGUGAUGAUACACCUCUUUUCAAUGGAAGCGAGUCCUGUAAAGCAGCACCAGAUACAGGCCCAUGUUUCGGGCUGCACCAGCGUUACUACUACAACUCCUCCUCCAUGAGCUGUGCACUCUUCAAUUACGGAGGCUGUAUGGGCAACCAGAACAACUUUGAAAACGAGAGAGAGUGUCUGCAGAGAUGUCGCACUGAAGCUGUGUGCCGCCUGCCAAUGGCGGCCAUGCCGUGCACCGGCCAGCUGCCUGUCUGGGCCUUCGUCUCCUCCGUGGGCCUCUGUGUGCCGUACAAACAGGGAUUCUGCCAGGGCAACGCCAACAAGUUCUACAGCAAGGCCGAGUGUGACGAGUACUGCGGGGUGGUCAAUGAUGAAGGAGAGCUCCUGAAGGCAAACUGAGCAAACUGCUCAUCAUAAUACAGAGAUGCAACUUGAAUCAGCAUCCCAAUAAAGAGUCAUCUCUCAUGGUAUAUCUGAAGUGUUGGGAAGGUCAAUUUAUAAAUGUAAUAUAAAACAGAUGACUAGUUACCCUUUUAAAAACGUAAUAAGUUAUGAAAUGUAUUAUAUUUGAUUUAUUUUAGAUUUCUCUAACAAAUGUAAGAACAGUAUUCAACACUGAUAUUUGUCAAUAUAUUUUUUUAAUAGACAAACAUUACAUUUGGUUGUUACCCAUUUGUUACUUAAAUUUGUUACAUAACUGUCAUUUGAUUACAUGCAACUAACUGUAUUGAUCACAAACACUUUCAUAUGGUAAUUUAAUCACAUAACACUGUUCCAUAUUAUCAGUUUCUCCCCAACAGUGGAAGUUAUAUUACAGCAGACCACCAAUAAAAACACUGGAUGAC